CUAGAUUCAAAUCUCGGUGAAGACUGGGAUUUUGAAUUUUGAGAUUUUCAUUAAGCCUCUGAGUCCACACAACUCUAAUGGAUGCCUGACUUUAGUUGGGGAAAGUAAAAGCGUUUGGUCGUUGUGCUGGCCUCAUGUCACACUGCUCGUUAACCGUUGGACAAAUAAACCUUAACAUCAUCUGACCAAUAGAUCGCAAGGUCUGAAAGGGGAACUUGACUUGACUUACUACUCUUAAGAGUCUCUGCUAGUCUCAAGAGUCGAUGGACUCAGAUUAAGAAUGUUGUACUCGAGCUUGUUCCAGUCUCUGUCUGCCUCCAUGGUGGUCACCUUUUUGUGCGGCGCCACUUUCUUCACAAUUGGCCUGUUGAUGACCUUCUGUCAAAAACUUAUCAUGGAGGACUUCCUGGAUCCGGUGGUCAAGAAAGCUAACCUGACCCAACUACUGAUCAACAGUUAUGAAUCAAUCGUACCUACUAAGGAUGACCUCCCGACGUCCGUGUACUUGGGCAGUUGGACCACUACUUUACCCUACGGGGUGCUGAUCGUGGGAGUAGCCAUGCUGGCCUUCUCCGUCUUCGGUAGUUUCGCUGCUCGCUUCAUGUCUUCAUUGCCACUGACCAUUCUAAUUGCCAUGCUGGUGAUGACAAUCAAUGGGCAGUACUGGUUGACCAUCAAUAUUAUGUACGUCACGUCAACGCUUCACGCGAGUACAAAACAUGACCUUAUGAAAACCUUACAUGAAGAUUAUGAAGUUGGCGCAAAGACCAAGAACUCUUUCUCCUUCUUCAUGAACUCCAUUAUGCUCAUGGGUGAAUGUUGCGGUGUGGAGGGCCUCUCUGAUUUCGCCAAGAUGAACUUGACCUUCGUCUACACCGAAGAGAAGACCACCAAGUCGGUACCUUUAGCGUUUCCACCGGCUUGCUGUAAGGCGACUUUUAUCAAUCAAGGCUUUAGGGAGACACUUUCUUGUGCUGCCUCCAAAGACAUAGAGAAUGCUAACACCGAGGGAUGCUACAAUGUUCUAUUCGACAAAACGAUCGGGAGUCGGAGGAUCUUAAUCAUCAUAUUUGUCUUUGUCAUCAUUGGAAUGGAGAUUAUCCAAGCUCUUUUGGCCAUUCUUUUGUUGAUUCGACCCAAACCAGAAGAAAUUGAAGCUAGAAAACAAGCGAUGAUGGCCAGGAACUAUAAAGAUAGCUCAAUGGGUAACGAGGCUGAUAGUGUAUUAAAGAGGGAUUACCUGGUGUUUGUACCCCACGCCGCAAUGUCGACGAACCCACGUCAGUGGGGACCCCCUGAUACAGAAAUCUGGUAGGCCCAGAAGAGGGGAAAUUGAUUGCCGCCUAGUAUAAGCAAAUGGCACCUUUGCAGAGUCAUCUAUCAAAUACCGGUUGUUGUUGUUUUUUUAACUCUUCUGUUACUUUUUGAGAGGAAUAGUGACUUUUUGAGAGGAAUAGUGACUUUUUGAGAGGAAUAGUGACUUAUAAUUUACAUAAGAUCAUUUUGAUAUACCAAAGUCUAAAUAUAUUUUAAGUGUGGUAGAAAAGUUAUACAUGAACUUUUUAACUCUUUCUCUCCUAAUUGACGCUGCCAACGUUGAUUUGACUGCCAUUAAACUAAACUGAUUUUUGGAUUUAUAAACUUUAAUUUGUGUUGUGUAAAAAGAGCAUGCUUUCUCCUAUAAUUCAAUACCAAAUAGAACACUUUCUGGUGACAAACACAAAAGCUAUUCAAGUUUAAUCAUAACAGGAUAAUGAAAUACAUAUGAGUGAAACAAAUAAUAGGCCUACUAUUGGAACGAGAACAAUAAUUACGGAGAGAAAGAGUUAAAAAAAAACGUUUUGCGUCCUUCCUUGAAUAGAAGAAUAAAAUGUUCUAUUUCGCCCAUUUCAAGGGUUCUCAGUCCAUUACAUGUAGGCCUAUAUCUAAAACUGCUUGGUCUGAAAGGAGUGUAAAUGAAGGAAAACUAUACAUAGACUAGCAAUCCGUCGAUUUGUACAUUGUGUAAUUGUUUUGGGUUUUUUUACAAGACACAUCCAUUGAAAAUGUUUUUCUGCCUAAGUUAACAAAACUAAGCGAUCAACCAAAGUACAUAAGAAUGUCAUCUAGAUCUACGUUAAAACUCUACAAUACUCACGUGCAAUAGAUUUCUCAUUAAAGAUUUCAACUUUUCAGGUGCUAUGAUCGAUAGUUUAGCACAGAAUUUGAAAUCCAUGUAAAAUUUAUGCUGAACUGAAGUGAAAUCUGUUUAUCCUUUUUGAUAUUCUUGUAAUUAUUUGAUACAUUUUCAGUUCUAUUCACAAGGCAUGUUUGUAUUUAUGCCCCCCCCCCCAAUACAUGAGCAUGACAGUACAGUUAGAGAGAGAUUUCACUAGCCCCAUAAUAUUUCAUGCCAAUAAAUAUUUGUCUAACAUCAGUUGUACAAUUUCUAGUGAAACAAAUGUUUUAAGCAAAAAACAACACAAUGACCACAAAUUAUUUCUUUUGUAUUUUGAAUCCUUCCAUUGAUUUGUAUUUGGGAACGACAUCAGGUUAACACAGACUACCACAAUUUUAAUAAAUAAUUGAAUAUACACACAACUUG